AUAUAAAAAAAUAAAAAAGCAGCUUUGGGCGCCGAGUACAAAAGAUCUUGAAGAACCAACACACGAUACUUUAUAUAUCAAAAUGCUUACUUGCGAGAAACUGUGGGAACGUAAACUCAAGGAUCCGAUCAAUUGCCUUCAAGUCGGCAAACCAUUCCUGGAAGAGCUUAGUGAAGAGAAUGACAUUCUCAUUGGCACAACAGCAGGACGCGUGCUCAUUCUCAAUCAAGACAAACCACCCGAAGUUCUUUUGGAAACCAAAGGAGGCUCAGUCCAGGCACUCAAUCUAUACGAUCUCACAGGUCAACGUGCCCUUGAUCUGGUUGUUGGCGAUUCUGACGGGGUCAUUACAAUGUUUUCGAAACAACAGAUUCUCAGCAAACAAGAGAUCGGGACAGCCGUGUCGACAAUUGAUAUUUUCAAGGAUUUGGGGCUAUGAAAUCAUUGCAGGUGGCAUGAAUGGUACAGUCACUGGCUUUCAACCUCACGAGAUAUUCUGGUCGCUCAAGGUUGCAGAAGAAUCGGCAAAGAUUGCGACGUUGAACAUGAAAGGCCGACGGUCACCGUACAUCCACUGUAUCCUAGCAACCACAUUGAACGAUCCAUUUGGACAGUCCAUGGCUGUGCUUCUUGUGUGCGAUGGAUGGCCAUUUGUCCAUUUCUUACGCGGAAGUAACCGGAUCCUUUCGUUGAGAGUACCUGCCGUGAUCUGCUCGAUGACAGCCGGAAGAUUCCUUACCCAUGCAACAGCACGCAGAUUCACUAAAUCAGACACUAGAUCAAAAAUUGAUCUAGAAGACAAAGCAUCAUCCACGGACAAACAAGUACUGCUGGCAGGAGAAGACGGAUAUGUUUAUGUCAUGAUCAACUAUGAGAUCCAUCCGUUAUUCAAUGUUGGCUUCCGGCUGAGCAAGAUCAUGGGCUUUAGACCAUCGUUUCUGGAAGACGAUGACCCCGACUUGGUGAUCUGCGUGGGCUAUGCCAACCGCGCUCUUGUUUAUCGCAGUGAUCAACGGAUAUGCGAGAUCGCCACCACCGAUUGGCCUCACAGUGUCACCAUGGGUGACGUGAAUGCAGAUGGACAGGAUGAGCUGGUGCUAGGACUCUUGGAUCAAACGGUCCAAGUCUAUCGAUGGGUCAAGCGUGACGAACAGCACCAACAGCAACAACAAAAGACCUCUUGAAGGAAAAGAAAAACAGAUGAUGCUGCUGUUUUGUGACGGGGGAAAAAAAGACACGGCUAAAUAUUUUUGAAGCAAACAAUGUCGGCGGUCCAAAAAGCAUCAAGAGGUGUGUGUGUGUGGGGGGGGGCGGUCCUUUGUGAUCCUGCUUCGCGACACGUUGACAGACGGG